CGUCUGCUUUAAAACCUGCAAGAACUGCCUGAAAACUGAUACUUGAUUGAACUGGAAUUUCUCCUUGUACUUGUUGCGAGGCACCAAAAUACGAAAAAAAAGUCAAGAGGGGUGAAUACUUUUGCAAGAAUGCUUCAGUAACGUCCUUGUGGUGCUCUGAGAAUGAAAUCUAUGUUUGGUUUACUUGUGGCGGUUAUCUGGGUGCAUCUAUCAUCUACUCAAAUUGCAGGAACCAUACCUGCUAUUACUUCUACAUACCAAAAGAAAAUUAGUGGAUCAGCAGUGUGUGACCAUGGUAUAGCAACAGAUCUGGUGCUAAUGGUGGAUAUUUCUCAACAUACAAUUCGGCAAAACAAAGACUUGAAAGAUUUCUUAAUUAAGGUCUUAUCCGAUCUGAAGAUAAGUGAUCACUGCGUUCAUGUGGGCCUGGUGGCAUUCAGUGGUGAAGCAAAAGUCAUUCUCCCCCUCAAUACCGGAGUCAACAUGUCUAUUGUGGAAAAGCAUAUUUUAGACCUUCAACCAUCAAAUGAAAAGAUUGCAAGAAUUGGAAGAGCAAUCAAUUAUACUAGAGGUGAAGUGUAUGGUGAUAAUCUGGCAAGCAGAAAGAACCAGGGAAUAAAACAGAUAACAGUCCUGGUCAGUCAUAAGUCCUCUACAGAUAAUGUAACUGAGGCAGCCUAUUUACUUAGACGAAAAAAAAUUCGAAUUUUUACCGUCGCCGUUUCUGAAGCAAAUGAUACCCAAAUCAACCAAAUUGCAUCGCAUCCGACUCGAAAUUAUAAAAUCAAGGUGAAGACAUUUUCUGAUCUUUUAAAAAGCACAGAUACUUUAUUGAAGAAAAUUGAGAAUGAUGUUGAAAGAGAUACUCGUUCUUCACCUAAACUGACCCAUGAGACAAAAUUAGGAUGUCAGAAAACAGACCGAGCUGAUAUUUAUCUGCUCAUUGAUGGCUCUGGAAGUAUUUAUCCCGAUGAUUUUACAGCCAUGAAGUCAUUUCUGGUGGAUCUCAUAGAUAUGUUUGACAUUGGGUCUCAGAAGGUUCGCCUUGGGGCUGUACAGUACUCUGACCGAAGUCAACUGGAGAUUGGUAUUGGAAAAAAGUACUCUAAAAUCCAGUUGAAACUUGAGACAAGGAACAUUAGGCAGCUAGGUGGAGGAACCAACACAGGAGCAGCAAUAAAUUUCACUUGUGAAUUUAUAUUAGAUCCCGCUAAUAUCAGGAAAGGGAAUGUGCCUGUGUAUUUUAUCGUACUUACAGAUGGAGAUUCUCAAGAUAGUGUGAAGGAGGCUGCCAUGAUCCUCAGAGAAAACAAAGUGAAUAUGUUUGCAAUUGGGGUUAAAGAAGCCAACCAAACUCAGUUGCUGGAAAUCACUGGAGAUCCCAAAAGGGUCCAUUAUGUAAAUAAUUUUGAUUCUCUGAAAGACAUAAAAAUUUUGCUAGCCCAGCAAAUCUGUUCUAGUGAAGUUUGCCAUAAAGUGCAAGCUGAUGUGAUGUUCCUGGUUGACAGUUCUGGAAGUAUAGGCACAGAUAAUUUUAAUAAAAUGAAGAAUUUUAUGAAAAGUCUGGUUAACAAGACGGACAUUGGGCCAGAUAACUUACAGUUCGGUAUUGUUCAAUUCAGUAAUGAUAGCAUGGAGGUGCUACAGCUAAGAAAGGAUAGAACCAAAGCUAUUAUCUGGGAUGCUAUUGACAAAAUGGGAUAUAUGGCCCAGGGUUCAUACACCGGGAAAGCCUUGGAAUUUGUGUCUCAAUACUUCACAGAAAUCAAAGGCGCAAGACCCAAGGUGAAAAAACUCCUGAUACUUAUAACAGAUGGAAAAGCACAAGAUGAUAUCAAACUACAGUCGGCAGCUCUGAGGAAUAGUGAUGUAAGCAUUAUCUCUAUGGGCAUUUUCAAUGCAGAUAAAACUCAACUAGAAGAAAUAAGUGGGCCUACAGGACAAGUACAUUAUGCAGAGUCUUUUGAAACAUUAAAGUUUGAAGAACAAAAAUUGCUUGCUGACAUCUGUAAAGAAGAUUGUCCUCGAAUACAACAGGCAGACAUUGUGUUUGUGAUUGAUACAUCAAGUAGUAUCACCCCUGAUCAAGCUAAGAUAAUCCAAUCCUUUGUUAUAUCUUUUGUGAAUAAAUCAGAUGUUGCACCAGAUAAAGUUCAAUUUGGAGCUCUUAAAUACGCAGAUGAUCCCUAUAAGAUGUUUAACCUAAAUAGGUACAGAAAUAAAAAUGAUGUUAUUACAGCUAUUGAAGGAGAUAAACAAUCAGGAAUAAACACAUAUACCGCUAAGGCCUUGGAAUUUUCAAAAACAUUCUUUACAGAAAAACAAGGCAGCCGUCAACGUAGAGGAGUCCCUCAGUAUCUUCUUAUUAUAACUGAUGGUGAAUCUCAUGACAAACAUAAUCUUAAUGAAGCAUCUAAACAGCUACAUGAUGCUGGGAUCAUCGUAAAUGCCAUUGGAGUAGGUGAAGCCCAAACUGAAGAGCUAAAGACAAUGGCAGGAAGCACGGGCAAAUGGUUCUUUAUUAAGGAGUUUGAGGAAUUAAAGGACAUUUUUGUGAACAUAUCUGAAGUCGUAUGUGAAAAAUCAGCAUGCAAUAAAGAAUUAGACAUAAGUUUUCUGAUUGAUGGUUCUGGAAGUAUCAAACAAGCAGAUUUUGAAAAAAUUAAAGAUUUCAUGGUAUCUGUCGUUGACGAUUUUGACAUUGGUCUGGGCAAGGUUCAUGUAGGUGUUGCUCAAUAUAAUGACUCAUUCAGAACAGAGUUUCAGCUCAAAACAUAUCUGGACAAAGAAACUUUAAAGCUCAUGAUUAAAAACAUCACAAGAAUGAAGGGAGGUACCCUAACUGGAAAUGCGCUCAAGCACACGGAUUAUGCCCUAUUAAGUCCAGCAAGUAAUAGUCGUAUUAAUGAAAAGAUCCAGCAGAUAUUGAUCGUCAUAACAGAUGGCAACUCUCAAGAUGAAGUUGCAACACCUGCAGAAGCUCUUAGAGAUAAAGGCAUCAUUACCUAUGCUUUAGGAGUGGGAAAGGUGUCUAAGACUCAGCUUCUACAGAUUGCUGGAAGAUCAGAGCGACAAUUUUCUGUUCACAAUUAUGAUGCAAUAAAAAGCAUUAAAAAGAGAAUGGUUGAAGAUAUAUGCGUCCAGCGGCCUGCUGAGAAUUGUUCUCUCGAUUUUAUAGUUGGUUUUGAUAUUUCAACUUCUCCCAGUGGUGCCAGUUUAUUCCAUGGUCAAAAUCUAUUGGGAGUUCGUAUUGCUAAUAUCUUGAACAGCAUGAUGAACUUGAGAAGUGUAAGCUGCGCCCCUGGAGCUGUACCUCAAAUCAGUGUAGCCUUUUAUGUUCCAAAUGCAGCAACGCCCAUUACGCCACACUUCCGCACCUAUAGUUCAGAUUUAGCUCAGAACCUCCAAACCAUUUCUGUCCAAGGUCCUUCCUAUCUCACAACAUCUGUUCUUCAGUCCAUGUGGAAGACAUUUCAAAAGGGUGAUGCAGAAAAAGCAAAGAUGAUCCUAAUCUUCACGGAUGGUCUAGAUGAAAAUGUUGAAGACAUUGAAAAAACUGCAGAAGAUCUUCGAAAACUAGGAUUAAAUGGGCUAGUUACUGUUGCUUUGGAAGGAACAAAGGGAUACGAUGACAUCAAAUAUAUAGAAUUCGGCCGAGGCUUUGAAUAUUACAAUCAGAUGCAUAUUGGCAUGUCAGAUAUAGAAUCUAGACUUGCCCGACAAAUGUCCCAUGUCAAUGAGAAGACGUGUUGUUGUGUAUUCUGUGAGUGUAUUGGACUUAGGGGAGCUCCUGGAACGUAUGGAGGUCGUGGAAGGAAGGGAUCAACUGGAUUAAAAGGACAUCAAGGCUACCGCGGUGAACAAGGAAUGGAUGGCGAAAGAGGAUUGCCUGGUUCAAUGGGAGAGCGUGGUGACAUAGGAUGUCCCGGAACCAAAGGCCCCAAGGGAAACAGAGGUCUUCCUGGGGACAAGAAUGAGCAUGGAGAACAUGGGCUUGAUGGACUCAAUGGAGAGGAGGGGUUGUCUGGACCUCCAGGGAAAAGGGGCGAAAAGGGCGAAAUAGGAGAUCAAGGUAAAUCUGGAAUAAGAGGAGCUAAAGGAUACAAAGGCCUUGAAGGGCAGAAGGGUGCUAUAGGUGAUCCUGGAGAAAGAAGCACAAUUGUUGGACCCACAGGUCCUAAAGGAGAAUUAGGCAUGGAGGGUGAUCCCGGAGUGGACGGAAUACCUGGACAACCUGGCACAGUUGGAAGUGAUAGUCUUCCUGGUAGAAGAGGCGUUCCCGGACCACCGGGGAUUAAAGGGGAUCUUGGAGUGCCAGGUGCUGCAGGGGAACAAGGAUUUAGGGGUCCUCAGGGACAGCUUGGAAUCCAAGGCAUUAAAGGAGACGAAGGAAGAAAUGGACUAGAGGGCCUUCUGGGUCCAAUUGGUCCUCCAGGCGGUGUAGGAGACCGUGGGAAUUCUGGAAAAAAAGGGAAAAAGGGUGAACCCGGAGAUCCUGGAGUAAAAGGAAACCCUGGGGAAGUGGGAAACAGAGGAUUUAUGGGUGAAAGUGGUAAAAAUGGUGUUGGGGCACGUGGAAGAAAAGGAAAAAAGGGAUCUCAAGGAACCCAAGGAGUUAUUGGUUUUAAGGGACAGCCUGGAGAACCUGGUGUGGUAGGAGAACGUGGAAAAAAUGGUGAAAAAGGACAAAGCUCCUUUCCAGAUAAAGGUGCGGUGGGAGAUCCAGGACUACCAGGAGGCCCUGGUCGCAGGGGACAAAAAGGAAUUCAAGGCCAAACUGAACAAUCUCCAUGUGAACUUAUUGACUUUAUCCGUAAUACAUGUCCAUGUUGCCAAGGAAAAAAAACCUGCCCUGUUUAUCCAACAGAAUUGGUGUUCGCACUGGACAUGUCAAGUGAUGUGAGGCUGCCAGUGUUCAAGCGAAUGAUCAAUAUGGUCACAUAUCUUCUGACCAAUGUAACCAUUAGGGGAAGUAACUGUCCUGUUGGGGCAAGAGUGGCUGUUAUGUCCUACAACAAACUUACUAACUAUCUGGUGAGGUUUUCUGACUUCCAAAAUAAAGAAAAAUUGAUGAAUGCAGUGAACAACAUUUCUCUGGAAAGUUCGAGAAAUAGUCGCGACAUUGGAGCUUGCAUGAGAUUUGUAGCCAGGAAUGUCUUCAAGAGAUCUCUACAAGGAGCCACUGUAAGAAGAAUCGCAGUAUUCUUCAGCAAUGGUCGCACUGAUGACCCUGCUGCACUAAGCACAGCUGCCAUGGAAUACAACGCUCUUGAGAUCAUACCUGCAGUUAUAUCAUUUACUCCAGCACCUGCAAUCAAACGAGCCUUUGAAAUCGAUGACUCUGGGACAUUUCAGUUGAUUGAGAUUUCUGCAAAUGAUUUUAAACCACAAAUACAAACCUUCCUUACAUGCACCCUUUGUUAUGACACAUGUAAACCGGAUGUAAUGUGUGGAGAAAGUAAUUCUGCACCGAAAAUUGUACCUAUGGAUGUAGGUCUUCUCCUGGACAGUUCUUUCAAUAUGAACCUUGAUGAGUAUGAAGCAGCAAGAAGCUUCAUCAGUACAUUGAUUGAUGGGCUUGAUAUUCCAAACACUGGUGCUCGAGUGGCUUUGGUUAGUAGUGCGACCCCUGGCUCUAGCCUUGGCAAUGAACAAAAACCUUAUCUUGAGUUUGAUUUUUCAACAUAUAGUAAUGCAAAAAUUAUGAAGAGACACCUCCAGGAAAGCAACCAUCCCCUACAAAAUCCACCUGCCUUUGGGAAUACAUUGAAAUGGAUGCUUGAAAACAUCAUGUCUAAAACACCAGACCUAAAGAAAAAUAAGGCUAUUAUCAUGAUAUUAUCUGGAGAGACAAGCGACUGGGAUAAACAAACCCUGAGGGAAGUUUCUUUGGAAGCCAAGUGUAAAGGUUUUGCAUUGUUUGUACUUUUCAUUGGCAGAACAUAUAAUAAUACUGAACUGAUGGAACUUCCAAGUGCUCCCACAGAACAUCACCUGCUCCAACUUGGUGAAGUCCACAAACCAAAUUUUGAAUAUGCUGCCAGAUUUACCCGGGCAUUUCUGAAUUCCGUUAAAUUAUCCAUAAACAAAUAUCCACCGCCAGAGCUGAAAUCUAAAUGUUCCAGUUUAAAUAAUAGCAGAAAAAAGAGAUUGGUCAUGAAACAGUUAGUCCCCACCAACAAGUCUAGUGGGAGGCCCAAAAAUACAAGUGACAGCAUUUCUGGAAAGCUACCUGCUUACAUCUAAGAAAGUCCAACUGACAACAGAUUCUACUUUUGCCGGUAACAGAGGGACGGGCUGAGUUACCUGAAGACCUGAUCUACUGUCUGAUUCUACAAUGCUCUUACAGUCCUCAUCCAAUCUACGAAUUCAAACGUGUUCUGUGGCAGAUAAAGCACAAAAUAUACAAUGGCUGUACGUGCAGCACCCCAUAAUCUACAACGCAAUAAAAAAUGAUGUUCACUUCAGGGAAUCCUUUCUUAGAUUCUUCUUUUUAAGAUCUUUGUUUGAAUGCUGUACUGUACUGCUAAAUCUGUCAGUACCAUAGUCUUUGAAACAAGUGUGCAGGACUUUAGGCUAGUUUCACAUCUCCGGCACGUAGAUCC